GAUCACAACGAUUUAAGUCUUUGUUCACGUUCGUCACUUUUCUUCCAGCAACGACAAAAAAAACGAAAGUGUUAAUCGUACCAAAUGUAUCUUGACAGUGUGCUUGACGAGUUUGCAAUUUAUUAGAAGAUACACGAACAUUUCGUCAUUUUUUUCAUUCAUUUACUGUGUUAUAGUUGUUCUGUCUUGCAAUUCAAUUAUGGAUUCACUUCGAUCGUGGAAAUUGAUUGGCAUUAUGUUAGUUUGUAUUGUAUAUUGUUUGAAUAAUAAUCUUGCAUCGGCCGUUGCAAUCGAUAGUCUCAACGAAAGCGAAAGUGAUACCCAUGAUUCAUUCAAUCCAAGUGAAAUUUGGUCACCUCUACUCGAAGAGCUUACAAUUAAUUCAAAUGUAACCCGGCAGGCUCGAGCAUUACAAUCAUCGUACAAAUAUAUUCCCACAUCAAAUAACUAUCUCAAUCGACGUGUGGACAAUCUCAUGCCAUUGGGACCGGCAGCCUUGAAGCAAAAUUUCAAUUUCAAUGGUCCAAGCAACAGUGGCAGUCGACCAAAUAAUUUUUUUAACAAUCGUAUAUCACAAAAUGGUCCCGAAGUAUCCGAAACGGAUUUGUAUUUACUGAGCGCCAUCGAGAAAUUGGUGUAUCGUGUUGAUUAUAUGGAGCGACGCUUACGCAAAACCGAACAACUUGUUUACUAUUUGAUGGCUGGAAAUAAUGAACAUAAAAAGGAAACAUAUGAAAAACCAUGCGCAAUGAACUUCACACGAAUCGGAGACAAUUGUUAUUUGUUCGUGGUUAAUCAACCGGCAAAUUGGAAAGCAGCCAAUAGCGUAUGUCGAUCAUAUGGUGCACACUUGGCCGAACUGGAUGGUUCGAAUGAAAAUAACGAUAUGGCCGCCUAUUUAUUGAAUCAUCAACAACUUUUGAAUGGACAUGGUAACUUUUGGUUGGGCGCAUUGAACCCGGGACUUUUAUGGAUUUGGUCAUCUUCAGCACGUCCAGUUAAUCCCAAUGUUAAUGUAACCCAAAUACAUAAGAUCAAUCAAGCGGAUACGGUAAUGCCAAAGGUCACAACCAAAAUAAAUGACGAUAGUAGGAAGGGAUUGAAAAAGGGAUCGAACACAAAUUCAACGGUCAUUCCGAUUGAAAAGAAAAUUGAAAACACAAAAAUAACUAACAAACCACCAACGAAUGAGAAAGAUAUGAAAAUUGAAGGGAAUGGCCGGUGUUUGGGUUUAUCGUAUAGGGCGGACAAACACAUUUAUCAAUUGUACGGUCUUGAUUGUAACGGCCAGCAACGGUUUGUAUGUGAGCUACCACAAGAUCAUAUUGACAAUGAAAUCGAUCGCAUCGCCAAAAAACUAUUCCAUUAAAAUUAAA